UGUGUCCAUGAAAUCAUAAUGAGUGUGCUUUUGUUCCUUUGUGGGGGGAUCAUUUCCUUCUCUUCAUUUGCUUCUUGCUGGUAUCAACUUGGAACCAUAUACUGAACCCCACCCCCAACCCCACUCUCUCUCUCUCUCUCUCUCUCUCUCUCUCUCUCUCCCUCCCUUGGGCUCUUUUUGAACAAGUUUAUUAAGGGCGACUUCACAGCUAUAUCUUGAGGAAGUUGAGGCUUAAGACAGGAAGAAAGCUUAUAAGCUAUUCUUCUUUUCCCUUAGAGAAUUUUUUUACAAAAGAAAAGGGUGAAAGCUUAAAGCUGAAAGAAAGCUGAUUAUCUUACCGAAAGAAAGAGCCUUUUUCAUUGUUUUUCUUGCUACCCUCCAACCCACCCCCCCAGCCCCCAAUGGUUUUUGUAGCUGUAUAUUCUGUAGUCCCCUCCUCAUCCCUCGACUUCCUCAAUUAAUUUUAUCAGAUAUGAACUUCACUAAGCUCCCACAAGAUUAAUUGUCGCAGCAGGCUCGGCCCUUGAUCGAUUUGCUGAAUUAUUUCUCAAGAACAGCGAGCUAAUCAUCAGUAUUAUUUGUAAGUGUGCGAGAAAUUAAUGUUGAGCAACAUCAACGAUCCUUCUCCUUCUUCCGAGCCCUUCUCUUCCUCGGAAAAUGGAAGCAGCAGCAAGAGAAAACGACGCCCCGCCGGAACACCAGAUCCGGAUGCAGAAGUUGUGUCUCUAUCUCCAAAAACCCUUCUGGAAUCGGAUCGAUACGUGUGUGAGAUCUGCAACCAGGGGUUCCAGCGCGACCAGAAUCUGCAGAUGCACCGGCGGAGGCACAAGGUGCCGUGGAAGUUGCUGAAGCGCGAGAACCCAAUAGCCAGAAAGCGUGUUUUCGUCUGCCCGGAGCCCAGCUGCCUCCACCACGACCCCUGCCACGCCCUCGGUGAUCUUGUGGGCAUCAAGAAACACUUUCGCCGGAAACACAGCAAUCAGAAGCAAUGGGUCUGCGAGAAAUGCUCAAAGGGAUACGCAGUUCAGUCGGAUUAUAAAGCCCAUCUCAAGACUUGUGGGACUCGGGGCCAUUCUUGUGAUUGUGGCCGUGUCUUCUCCAGGGUCGAGAGUUUCAUCGAGCAUCAGGAUGCUUGCAGUAUGGGGCGGCUCCGAUCAGAGUGCCACCCUCUACAGCCGCCGCCAGCUUGCUUAUCACGGACGGCGUCGAGCCCCAGCCCAUCCAGCGACACCAAUCUCAGCGUUGCGCCAUGGGCUGCCGCCACUCGUUCUUUGCCGAAGCCAAUUGAUCCCAUCUUCUUGAGCAAUGUGGCGGAUGCCGGCGGAUCAGUCACCCCCAAGAAUAAUUCCCGGCCGCCGAAUCUCGAACUCCAGCUUCUCACGAAAGCUAGCGCCACCGGCGUCGACGCCUCCGGCACCUCGACGAAACUCGACGAGGAUCAUUCGACUCAGCUGCAGCUCUCCAUUGGCUCAUCGGAAAUCGGGGAGAAAACCGAGGCGGACAAUGCAAAUGUAAACAUCGUCAACAGAUGCUCGCCGAGGGGGAGCAGCAGCACGAGCGAGAAACGAAGCCUGGGGACGGCCCCAGCUGUAACACUGAGAGAGCAGGCGCAAGAGCAGCUGAGACUAGCCAUGGCGGAGAAAGCAUACGCGGAGGAGGCCCGGCAGCAGGCGAAGCGUCAGAUUGAGCUGGCGGAGCAGGAAUUCGCCAACGCGAAGAGAAUCAGGCAACAGGCGCAGGCGGAACUGGAGAAAGCGCAGGCGCUGAAAGAGCACGCCACGAUGCAAAUGAACUCCACGAUUCUGCAAAUCACCUGCCAUUCUUGCAAGCAAAAGUUCCAGCAGGAAGGUUCCGUUAGGCCAACACUCGUAGAAACAGCUUCUUCCUCCCGUCACGAUCAGAGUAAUUCAGUGGGGUUGAGUUACAUUUCAGCUGCACUGCGAGAAUGGGAAGUCAGGAAAAGCGACCAUCAUCAUCAUUAACAAAAGUAACAAGAUCAAUGGACUGCUCAAAAUGUUGAUUUUCAGUGUGACUUAUGAUAUUAAUGUUAACCCUUUUCUUGUUUUGUGUUAGACAUGCAUGUAGUAAGAUCAGAAGAAGUUUGAACUAGGAAAAGGCGAAAGGCCGCCUGGAUGUUUUGGUUGAUGAUCCUCUGGUGUUGUACUGAAAGCAGCUGGUAUUCAUGAGUUAUAAUUAGAUCUGUUCAUUUAA